UUUCUUUAAAGAUAGAUAAUAGCAGAGUUCAGAGUUAUACACUUACACCUUUACUUAAUACUUAGUAAUGCUCUCUUAAGUCUUAACCCUUUACCAGUUUACCACAAUUUCAUCUUAUAGUCUAAUAGCCUACAGGCUACAACAUUUGAAAAUAUUCUUUAAAGUUAAAAUGGCUAAUAGAUAUUGCUCAUUAGUUUUAGUAAAUUCUACUAAAAAAAGAUUUAUGUCCACGUCAAGUUUAAAAACUAUAAUAACUGAAUCAAAAAAAGAAAUACCUAUUGUUAAGGGUUUACCAUUAGUUGGUACAAUGUUUUCAAUUUUGGCUGCUGGUGGUGGUCGUAAGUUACAUGAAUAUAUUGACAAACGUCAUCAAAAAUAUGGUUCAGUGUUUAGAGAAAAGCUUGGUUCUGUUGAUGCAAUUUGGAUUAGUAACCCUUUGGAUAUGAAACUAUUAUUUGCACAAGAAGGAAAAUUUCCCAAACAUAUUUUACCAGAAGCAUGGUUACUUUACAAUGACACAUAUGGCCAAAAACGUGGACUCUAUUUUAUGAAUGGAAAAGAAUGGUGGAAAUAUAGACAAAUAUUUAAUAAAGUUAUGUUGAAAGAUUUGAAUGUAAAUUUUAUCAAAUCUUAUAAAAUUGUAAUUAAUGAUUUAUUAAAUGAAUGGGAAUUGAGUAAUGGACAAGUAAUUCCAAAUCUUAUAGCAGAUUUAUACAAAAUUUCAAUAUCGUUUAUGGUGGCACAUUUGGUUGGAAGAGUUUAUGAUGAAUGUAAAAAUGACUUAUCAAAUGAUAUAAAUUGUUUAGCACAAUGCAUACAAAAAGUAUUUCAGUGUACUGUCAAAUUUACAGUUAUUCCUGCUAAAACUUCUAAAUUAUUAAAACUGAAUAUUUGGAAUGAUUUUGUAAUAGCUGUUGAUAAUUCUAUUGAAAGUGCGAAUAAUUUAGUGUCAAAAUUAAUGAGCCUUAAUGGUGAUGGUUUGUUAAAUUCUGUGCUAAAUGUUCAUGACAUACCUAUUGAUAUGAUUAAGAGGUUAAUGAUUGAUUUUAUAAUCGCAGCAGGUGAUACUACUGCUUAUUCAACUCAAUGGUCUUUAUAUACUCUAGGACUUCACAAGAGUAUACAAAAUAAUUUAAGACAUAACCUAUUAGAAACUGAUUUCUUGGAAUGUGAUUAUUUAAAUAAUAUUUUAAAAGAAGUUCUAAGAAUGUAUCCAUUGGCACCUUUUUUCACAAGAAUCCCUUCAAGUGAUAUAUUUUUAACAGAUCACAAAAUACCAGCAAAUAGUUUAGUCAUUAUGUCUAUGUUCACAAGUAGUAGAAAUGGAAAAUACUUUAAUAGCCCCAAUGAAUUUAUACCAGAUCGCUGGAAUCGUCUAAAAUAUAAUAAAUAUAAUGGUGUAAAUGAGCCAUUUGCAACCCUUCCUUAUGGAUUUGGUGCAAGGUCGUGCAUUGGACAAAAAAUGGCACAUGUUCAGAUGUGUCUAACACUAUCAGAGUGCAUCAAAAGAUUUAAUAUACAUACAAUGCAACCAGUUGAAAUUGCAUUAGAUUUGAUUACAGUGCCAGAUGAUCAAAUAAAUAUAAAAAUACAUAAGUUAUAAUUUGUCAAGUUGAUAUAUAAUUAAUCUUUAUAAUUCAAUACAGGAGUAUACAAAUAUUGUAUCAUCUCUAAUAUGUAUCUAUUAAAAUGUAUAAUAUUAAGUAACCAUACAGAUACAGGCAAUAUGUAUAUACCAACUGGCAAUUUCUAUCACUACAACUUAAUUUUUGUUACAAUGUUACAUUAUAUAAUUAAAUUCUAUUUUAUAAUAUAUUAUAUUAUCAUUUUUCAAGUUAGUAUAAACAUAAUUUAAAAAUUUAAAUUUAUUUUUUAUUGUCAAUUUUAAACAUAUGUUAAAUUUUAGAAUUACAUUUUAAAUUGUUAUGGAUAAUAAAAUUACUAAUGAUCUUACUUAUUUUUUUCCACACAAAUAUAUAAUGAGCAU